AUUCACUUUUGUACCUUGACAUCAUAAUACAGUAUUCUUAUUUUUUAUUAUUACGAAAAAAUUUUAUGUGCACGCGCUGGGAAAUUGUAAAUGAGCUUUACAAUAAAUUAAUUUAAUUGAAAUAAGUAAUUAAUUUCCCACAACAUCAGGAUUGCUUGAGUGUACAUGAAUGCGAUUGCUUUUUCCAUCCAGAGAACAGUUGUAACCCAGUUCGGUUUUGGGGCUUCGAAUAGAAAAUGUUACGCUUGAUUGUGAACAAUUGCGGGCGCAGUGAUAACAGUCGCCUUUUAUUGCAACAAAUUCCAAAGUUUCAUAUCAACACAACUCUAGUAAAGAAAUCUUUAAAAGAUUGCACACAACUGAAGAACAUCCACAGUACAGUGCGAAAUGCUGAACUGAGAAGUAGUUGUCCAAAGUCCACAUCAAAAUCUGCUAAAAAUGCUGCAAAAAUCAGAGCACUCUUACUGGGAGGUGGAGGUGUUACUGUUGGUUUGGCAGCACGCACCCUCUUACAGCAGAGCCGUAAUAGAGUUCAGUGUGAAGGAAACCGAUUGGCCGGCGUCAUACAGAAAACUCUACAACAAGAAGAUGGAAAAUUUGAUUGGAAACGUUUUUGGUCUUAUCUUGAACCCCAUUUGUGGCAGUUUCUUGGUGCUAUUGCGGCAGCCCUUGUAGUGGCCUUCAUCAAUAUACGCAUACCAAAUUUGUUGGGUGAUUUAAUAAAUAUAUUAGCACGAUAUGCCAAUACUUAUGUCAAGGAUCCCUUGAAUAAUUCCUUUUUUAAGGAUGUGAGUAAGCCUGCCUCAAAUCUACUCAGUUUAUAUGUAAUGCAAUCGGGUUUCACGUUCCUCUAUAUCUACCUCUUAAGUCGUAUUGGAGAGCAAAUGGCUGCAAAGUUGCGCCAAGAUCUUUUCCGUCAAAUUAUUAUACAAGACAUUGAAUUUUUCGAUAAGAAUCGCACUGGCGAGCUGGUUAAUCGUUUGACAGCCGAUGUUCAAGAUUUCAAAUCGUGCUUUAAACAAUUCGUGUCACAAGGUUUGCGCAGCGUGGCGCAACUAAUUGGUGGAGGCGUGUCACUAUUUAUGAUUUCGCCCCAUAUGGCAGCUAUUGCGUUGGCUUCAGUACCCUGUGUUGUCAUGUUUAUGACAUAUUUAGGCAAAAAGCUGCGCCACUUGAGUAAAAAUUCUCAAGCCCAAUCAGAGCGUGCAACAUCUGUGUGUGAAGAGGCUUUAUCGAAUGUGCGCACAGUACGUUCAAGUGCUUGUGAAUAUCGUGAAAUGGAGUUGUUUGAACAUGAAACCAACGAGGCUGCCCUCUUAGCUCAAGAGCUGGGCUAUGGUAUAGCUGUAUUCCAGGGUCUGACAAACUUCUUCCUAAAUGGUCUAGUUCUUUCAACAUUGUUUAUGGGUGGACAUUUAAUGUCAACUGAAAGCUUAACGCCAGGUUCCCUAAUGGCUUUCUUAGUAGCAGCUCAAGGCGUUCAACGCUCUCUAGCCCAGGGUUCUGUGUUAUUGGGUACAAUGAUUCGUGGCAUGACUGCUGGAUCACGAGUAUUUGAGUAUUUACAACUUCAGCCUAAAGUUGAGCUUUUAAGAGGUUAUGAAAUUCCCACAGAACGUUUAAAGGGCGAAAUACGCUUUGAAAACGUUUCUUUUGCAUAUCCAACCAGGCCAGAUCAUAUUGUCCUUAAAAACUUCAGUUUGACACUUCGACCUGGGGAAACAGUUGCUUUAGUAGGAGCCAGUGGUUCUGGCAAAUCAACUAUAGCAUCUUUAGUAGAACGUUUCUACGAACCCACUUCAGGUACCAUUAAAAUCGAUGGCUAUAAAUUAGAAGACAUUUCACCUCAUUGGUUACGAGGUAAUGUUUUGGGUUUCAUAGAACAACAACCUGUUUUGUUUGCCACCACUAUUUUGGAAAAUAUACGUUACGGUAGACCUGGAUCGAAAGAAGACGAAGUAUAUGCCGCUGCCAAAUUGUCACAAUCGCAUGAUUUUGUUUCGGCCCUUCCGGACGGCUAUCAGACCAACGUAGGUGAACGUGGUACACAAUUAAGUGGUGGUCAACGUCAGCGCAUUGCUAUAGCCCGUGCUCUCCUAAAAAAUCCAAAAGUUUUAAUACUUGACGAAGCUACCAGUGCUUUAGAUGCUACAAGUGAGGCUGAAGUCCAAAAGGCUUUGGACACAGCUGUUUUGAAUCGUACCACCUUAGUUAUUGCCCAUCGUCUGUCUACCAUACGCAACGCUGACCUAAUAGUUGUAUUAGACAAUGGAUGCGUAGUGGAGACUGGAAAACAUGAUGAACUUAUGGCUAAGCGGGGACUUUACUAUGAUUUAGUGCGACAACAAGAAAGACAUAGUAAAAACGAAGAAAUUUCUCUUACCACCCAAAAUACUGCCGACAGUGAAAAUGCCAGAGAAUCGUUUAAUACUAGCAGAGGAAAUAGUCCUAAUCAUAUCGAUUCACGGCAAGAAACGGCUUACGCUUUUGAUUCUCAAAGUACUGCCAAUAGUAGGAAUAUUAACAGUGACACCAGUAGUGAUUAUAAAACUCACCAACGUCCCAAUAUGACCCAGGGUUAAAAGAGUUCUACCCUUAGACAAUAAUAAAUAAAUUUAGUUAAUUUUUUUAAGCUUAAAUUUAUUUUUUUGUUUUUAUUUAAUCUUAAUUUCCCUUUUUAAUAUAUUAAUUUGAUUUCUUUGAAAAUAUGUAAAAUUUUAAUUGAAACUAAAAACGUAAAGUGCAGGAGAAAUUUUAUUUAUGUAAAUUGUACAUGCAUACAUAUGUUUGUAUAAAUAUCCUAAUAAAUUGUUGGUCAUUUGUUGAAA